AUGAAUGUGAGAAACUAUACCAUAAUAAUUGAAUUCAUUCUUGUGGGAUUCUCAGAGUUCAAAGAUCUUCAGUUACUGCUGUUUAUAAUGUUUUUAUUGAUGUAUAUCAUUACAGUGCUUGGAAACACGUCUAUCAUUCUUGCAUAUACACUUACUACAAUUCUCAACACUCCGAUGUACCUUUUCCUUACACACUUCUCCUUUUUGGAAAUAUGUUAUGUGACCUCCACUCUACCCAAACUUCUGUCAAAUCUAGCAGGGGAUAAAACCAUCUCAUUUUACAACUGUGCUCUACAAAUGUAUUGUUUUUUUCUUCUUGUUGGAACAGAAUGCUGCAUGCUUGCAGCUAUGGCGUAUGAUCGAUAUAAUGCUAUAUGUCACCCACUCCUAUAUAGCACUAUAAUGAAUAAUACAGUUUGUAUCCAGCUUAUAGGUGGAUCGUGGCUUAUUGCUGCAGUAAACUCUCUCAUACACACAGCCCUCACAUUCAGUUUACCAUUCUGCAAUGAUCGUACGAUCAAUCAUUUCUUCUGUGACUUCCCAUCAGUACUGAAACUGGCUUGCACAGACAUCUGGAUCACUGAGACUGUUAGUUUCAUAACGGGUGGGAGCAUUAUUGUUGGUUCACUGAUGCUAACAAUUAUUUCAUACACACUUAUUAUCUUAACAAUUCUAAAAACUUAUUCCAGAAGUAAUAAAGCAUUCUCAACCUGCACUUCUCACUUUAUGGUCAUUACCAUAUUUUAUGGAUCUGGGAUGUUUAUGUACCUUGGACCCAACACUAAAUAUGCAAAGUAUCAGGAAAGACUGGUCUCUCUUAUGUAUACAAUUAUUGCACCUUUAUUAAACCCUUUCAUAUACAGUCUGAGAAAUAAUGAAGUCAAACUUGCCAUUCGGCAUUCCCUGUCUCUUAUAAUAUCUGUUCAUAAAUACUAG